CACUUGUGUAGAUUUCAGUUUUCUCUCUCGCAACUUUAUGGUAAAGCCAACAGUGAACCAACACCUAAGAUUGAUUUGAAGGAAAAGAUGGAAGAUCUUCAACUCGACCCUCCGGUUACUGAUACAAUAACAUUGAGCAUUAAUGAGGAGGUUAACGAUGAAGAGCAUGUGAACGCAAUGCUACAAGAAUCUCAAACUCAGCAGCAAUUGCUGUUUGGAACUGAAAAUAUUGAUCUAGGUCCAGAUGCAUUCAUCUCUGAGCCAACUGAUAAAAUAUCUAAUGCAUGUUCAGUGAAUCUCAUGGAUAAACUUAAUGAUCAGAUGAUGGAGAGUGUAAUAAUAUCUGAUUCACCUAGUAAUAGUGAGGGUUAUGCAGGAGAUCUAGCAAUCCUGCAUGACUGUGAAGAGGCUUUAGAGAUGGGAUGCGGUGAUCAGUCAAUGGAUUCAGAGAAUAAAGAUUGUAAAGAGUCUUCUGGUGAAGAUAGUGAACUCGCAUCUUCUGUUGUACAUGAUGCUGAUGAACGGUCUCCAAUACAAGAUGUGAAGUCUACUCCACAAAAUCUGGAACUAGCAGUCAAGUCAGAAGAAGAGCAUCAAAUAACAAAUCAAAGCCAUGAAAAUGGAUCUGAAAGCCUGGUUGAUUCAGAAUUGCAGGAGAAGCAAACACUGGUGCCAGUUAGCAUCCAAUUGUCCAAGGAUGAACAUCUACCAGUGUGCACCAUUUUUAGUCAGGACAAUCAGUCUAAAUCCCAGGUUCAUGCUCCUUUGAAAGCAGAUGGUUAUGAACCCCAGAUGGUGAAAUCUCCUAGCUUUGGGACAAUUAUUGAUACUCCUAAUAAGCCAUCAUUAUUUGGAGUACACCCUAGUCCUAGCCUCAGCAAAUUUUUCACAGAUGAUGCCAGUUCAAGUUCAUCGGCAGCAGAAUUUUUUGACUCUUUCACGUCAACUUCUUUCAUUUCUGUUAGUAAUCCGAAUGCUAGUGCUUCAGUACCUGACAGACUGUCAUCCCUUUCUUCUUCCGGAAUAGCCAAUCAACACAAUGGCACAACUCAAUCUUUUAUCAUAGGAAGUGAUGUCACACCUUCUUCAGCCUCAUUUAUGCAAAUACCUCUGUCACCUAAGCCUUUUACCCAGAUCCAAGCAGCAUUUGCAGGAAGUGAUGAUCCCUUUGCAACAGCAUUGAAUAUGAGUGAGAUAGAUAGGCGAUAUGAUGCUUGGCUUCCUUCUGAGGACACUAGGAAGAUUCUCAUUUCUGUCGCUACCCAGCAGUACAGCACAGUGUUUAUCGACAAGGAGAAAUUAACCAUGCCAGGUUUGAAGUUUGACAAUGUGCAAGGUGAUGCAGUCAAGGAAGUAAUGCUGCGGUUUUUGGGAGAACAGGCUGCAAUGAAGAGACAAGCUUUGACUGCAGAUGCUGUGGAGCAGUCCUUUGUGGGACUCAAGCAAUUAAUAAAUACAAAGAACUGGAGAGCUGCAGUUGAUCUUUGUGGAAGAUUACUCACAGCACAUGGUCAAGGGUAUGGCAAAAGUGGUCAACCAACUAACCACACUACAGAUUCUGUUCAG